UUUGGUCUUUGAAGAAUGGCUGGGACUCCAUCAAGGCUUGAAGAUUGCGAUCAUCAAGACAUGGCCAUCACUCAUUAUUGUGGCUGCUUCCGUGUGUUCUAUGCUCGAUAUGAGUCGUGCCGGGAACAGCAAGAAACGUUGAAAGUUCAUCGGAACUGGUUGCAGAAGAAGCUGAAGAGGGUUGUGAAGGCGUUGUCCGAAAUUUUGGUGUGGCCAAAGAAGAGUUUUUCCUUGCAGAGGUUGAGUACGUGCAUUAGUGAAGUCAAGGACAAGAAAAGGAAAAUGCAAUUUCAGUAUGAUCCCAAGAGUUAUGCGCUUAAUUUUGAUGAUGGAUCAAUAGAGGAGGAUGAUGGUGUUUUUCUGGGUUUCUCGGCUCGGUAUGCAUUGCAUGUACAUUAGGGAUUAACAAAAUAUAUUUGGGAUGGGAGCAUAGUGAAGCCUAAACAUUCUCAAUAGUAUAUUGAUUCCUGGGGAUUAAUUACCAAAGCGUCAUUGUUCCUGUAAUUUUCAUAAUCAAAUAAUGUGU